ACCUGGCUGACCGCUGGCUCAGUUUUCUCUCAGACAGACCCUCUGCGCCUGCGUUAGAGUUUUGCUCCUUUGCCACAUUCAGAAUGGCAGAACAGUGGAUGAUGAAGAUGGUGGAUCAGGCUUUGGAGGAGCUGCUGGUGGAAGCUCAUCACCAGAACUGCAUCACAGUUGGUGUCACUGAGUCCUACAGAUACAUGAAAGCAAACCCGCGCAGUGUCAUCCUGUGCGUACUCGCCGACGAAAAGGAUACCGAGAGUGACGUUAUAUUACAGAUGAAUCUAAUCCAGCUAAAGGAUAUGUGCUACAAGAAGAACGUCAGCGUCAUGUGGUCGACCAACACGAGACGUCUGACAGAGCUGUUGAAGUUUGACAGCAGUGGGAACGACCUGCACUGCAUUCUGGUCACUGGCCCUCCGGUGCAGCCGCUGCCCUGCCGGGCCCUGAAGAUCCUCAGCAGCUUCUGCGAGGAGAGCCGCCGCCGGGACUCGUCGAUUUCCCUCACCGACGGUGUGCGACUUUCAGACGUUUUACCUGCAGGGAAAGAAGCAAACACGCAGCUCCAGCUGGCUCCAAGGCCCCAGGAACCCGACAUGACCGUUAAUGCUGCUUUCAGGUACAUCCCUUCUCUGAAAUCACCGAACAAAAGAGAGCAGAACCCGCGUAAAGCCACUGAAUGGACCGUUUCCAAGUAUCAGGACGCAGCCUCGUUGAACAGGUUUCACUGCCUCAUGUCCUGA